GCAUCCCCGGCCACCCGUGACGGGCAGCGGGAGCGGGUUCGUGCCCAGCCCGGCUCCGCGGGAGCAGCGCUCCGUCCCUGCCGCCGCCAGCCCGCCCUGGCUCCGGGGCCAGCCGGGCACGCAGGUGUCUGGACAAAAUGGGGAAUGGAUUAGUGAAACCCAAGCACCUGAGGCAGCCAAAUAGGCAUGUGGCAAACCUUGCUAUUGGCUGUGCUGCCAGCCACAAGUUUCUGAUGGACCCAUGCCUAGGCAUCAAUGUGAUCAAUGGGCAAGCUGAUGUCCUCUGCAGCAAGGUACUUGAACUGGAAAAGGAGCUGAAGAGAAAAGAUCAGCAGUUGCAAGAGAGUCAAAGCCAUGUUGCUGAGCUUCAGUCACAGCUGGCUAUGCAGACGAAGGUCAUAGCAGAACUCACCAAGGAGCUUCAGAGCAAGUGCAUACAGUUGAACAAGCUGCAGGAUGUUGUUAGGACUCAAGGAGAGCACUUUCUUCAGCCUUCUCCAUUUAAAGUUUCUGCUGAUAGGAGGAGAGGAGCCAAGGAAGGUGUAUCUGCAGAGCCAACAACACGACUGUGUGAUUCGAGCAGGCAAACUAUGUUUUCCCUUGAAAAAGCAACAGUCCGAAAGGAUUCCAGUGAGAAGAAGCUUAUCACAGAUGCCCUGAAUAAAAACCAGUUCUUGAAGAGACUGGAGCCUCACCAGACACGAGACAUGGUGGAAUGUAUGUAUGAGAGGACGUUCCAGCAAGGCAGCUACGUCAUCAGACAGGGAGAACCAGGCAACCACAUUUUUGUGCUCAAAGAGGGAAGUCUGGAAGUCUUUCAGCAGAAUAAACUACUCUCCUCAAUACCUGUGUGGACAGCAUUUGGUGAACUGGCCAUUUUAUACAACUGCACACGGACAGCUUCUGUGAAAGCAAUCACUAACGUUAAAACAUGGGCAUUGGACAGAGAAGUGUUUCAAAAUAUCAUGAGAGUAACUGCACAGACCAGACAAGAGCAAUACAGAAACUUCCUUAGAAGUGUGUCCCUGCUGAAAAACUUACCUGAAGAUAAAUUAACCAAGAUCAUGGACUGUCUGGAAGUGGAGUACUAUGUGAAGGGAGAUUACGUUAUUCGGGAAGGAGAAGAAGGAAACACCUUCUUUAUAAUAGCAAAAGGAAGGGUGAUAGUUACCCAGAGUACUGCAGACCAUUCACAGCCUCAAGUGAUUAAAAAUCUACACAAAGGAGAUUACUUUGGAGAAAAGGCUCUCAUUAGCGAUGACGUCAGAUCAGCAAACGUUAUUGCAGAUGAGUACAACGUGGAGUGCCUCGUUAUAGACAGAGAGACAUUUAAUCAAACAGUUGGAACUUAUGAGGAGCUGCAAACUUACCUGGAAGGUUAUGUGGCUAAUCUGACCCAGGCUGAUGAAAAGCGACAUGCAAAAGGAAGAUCCUUCUGUGGACAGUUGACCAAAGAGGUGUCUUUGGAGAUGAUAGAGCUGAAGGAGAAAGUAGCCCAGUUCCCUCCUUCCCCAUUCCAGAAUUUAGAAGUUGUCACAACUCUGGGUGUUGGUGGGUUCGGAAGGGUUGAGCUUGUUAAAGUGAAAAAUGAGAAUAUGGCUUUUGCAAUGAAAUGUAUAAAGAAGAAACACGUAGUGGACACCAAACAACAGGAGCAUAUUUAUUCUGAGAAGAAAAUCCUCGAGCAGAUAUGUUCUCCAUUCAUUGUAAAACUGUACCGCACAUUCAAGGAUAACAAGUAUGUGUACAUGCUCCUGGAGGCUUGCCUUGGAGGGGAAUUGUGGAGCUUGCUGAGAGACAGAGGCAGCUUUGAUGAAUUCACCACCAAGUUUUGUGUUGGGUGUGUGACAGAGGCUUUUGACUAUCUACAUCAAAUAGGAAUUAUCUACAGAGACCUGAAGCCAGAAAACUUAAUUUUGGAUGCUGAAGGAUAUAUAAAACUGGUUGAUUUUGGAUUUGCAAAGAAGAUUGGAUCAGGGCAGAAAACCUGGACGUUUUGUGGAACCCCUGAGUAUGUUGCCCCUGAAGUCAUUCUGAGUAAAGGCCAUGACUUCAGUGUGGAUUUUUGGUCCCUUGGGAUUCUUGUAUAUGAACUCCUCACUGGCAGCCCACCAUUCUCUGGGGCUGAUCAAAUGAUGACAUACAAUUUGAUUCUCAAAGGCAUUGAAAAGCUGGAUUUUCCUAAAAUAAUAACAAGGAGACCUGAGGAUUUGAUCCGCAGACUGUGCAGGCAAAACCCCACAGAAAGAUUAGGCAAUUUGAGGAAUGGAAUAAAUGACAUCAAGAAGCACAGUUGUCUGGACCGACUGAUUACAGCUACUUUGACAGCUAUCCGCCUGAAGUGGGAAGCCCUCCAGAUGAACUUUCAGGCUGGGACAAGGAUUUCUGAUCAUUUUUCCUUCUGGAACAUUUCUAGAGACUCGGAAAAAAUGCAGAUGGAUAUUGUGCAUUUGUGGCUUAUACAGAAAAAUUCUUCUGCUCUGUGUUAUGAACCCCAACUGCUGUUGAAACAAGGAUAUUCCUCGGUUUCAUGCUGGGCUUAUGGGAUGGAUGCAUCUGCAGCCACUGCUUGGAUAUAUUUCAGCUCCUGCUGAGACCAAGUUCAAUCUAAAUUUCCAUACUGAAGCUGCUGCAGCAUUACUGCAUUUCACACGCUGGAUGGAAAACCUCCGGGGCAACUUCUACUGUGUGCUCAGGGUUUAGUUACCCAUGACCACUGGAUCGUCUCCCUAGCUGCUGGUCAUGACUUUUCCCACUGGGAAGGGGAAAAUGAGGGACAGAAUGCCACAGGGGCAGUUCUAUGGUUUGUUACAUGGUUAUAAUUAUUUUUCACUGGUGGGUGACCAUCGCUUUGACAGCAAAUCAAUUUAAAUAUUUCGUAUAACCUUCAGCCUGAAUAAGGCAAUAGAAUAUUUUCCACUGAAUUUAAUGAAGGUUGGAUUGAGUCCUUGAAAGAAGACACUACACAUUUAGCUGGUUUUGCUUCUCUGCCUGUUUGCAAAUUAUUAUGGAAACUUGCAGCCAGCAAAGUCUGUGCAAAGUGGUGGUAACACAAUCAGAGAGGGUGGAGCAGAGGCUGUAAGCUGGGACUGUAGAUGCUUGCAACUUAACUUUGUUUAGCAAUACCAAAGACUAAAUUUUAUUUUCAGGAUUUAGACAAAGCACUAGACGUUAGGUAUUUGUGUUUCUCCGUGCAUCUGUCUUUCUCUUAUAAAUAUUUUUAUUACAGUCAAUAUAAUAUUGUGCCAAGUUUUAUAAAAAGCUUUUGAAUGUAUUUUUCCAUUGUAUUUGUAUGUAGUUUCCUUAUUUAUUUAUAUAUAUACACACAUAUAUAUAUAAAUAAUGGGGGAGAUAUAUAUAUGUUUUUUAAGUGAAGAAAUAUCUGUAUGAUAAGUUUAGUGCAGUUAGCAUUAAGUCUGUGCAGCUGUAGGAUACAUUUCCUUUAUAAAGUUCAACUUAGCUUGUUUAUUUGUGUGCAAAUAAAGUAAGCUUACAAUGUAA